AUGGCAACAUCAGCAUCAGUCCUGCGCAGGGCCCUGCUCUACGGCAAGACGACCCAUCCCAUCCACCUUCACUCACACCGUAGACUGACCUCCCUCCCUGCAGUCCCCGGUUCCUCCCAGAAGAUGCUCACCAAGUCCCUGGGCCUUACCUUAGAUAAUGUGACCUACGACCUGGAGGACUCAGUGACGCCCCACGAGAAGCCCAACGCACGGCAGGCGCUCGCCAAGCAUCUCUCGUCCCUCUCGUCCUCGCCGUCGUCCCGCCCAAAGGGCAUAGGCGAGGUCGCCGCCCGCGUCAACGCCGUCUCGACGCCCUACGCGCUGGAAGACCUGCAAAUAUUGGGCAAGGAGCCAAGUCUCGAGGCCAUCGUGAUCCCAAAGGUGAACACGGCCUCGGACCUGACCUUUGUCGCAGACGUGCUCAAGCACGUCGCACCACAGCGGUACUCCCAGGACGGGCCGCAGCCAAUAAAGCUGCUCGCGCUCAUUGAGUCGGCCGAGGCGAUACUCAACCUGGGCUCCAUCUGCCAGGCCGGGACCGCAGGCGGCGUGGGACUGUCCGGCCUGAUCUUCGCGGCCGAGGACUUCUCGCUGGACCUGAGCCUGACGCGGACCCCGUCGCUGAGGGAGUUCCUGUACGCGCGGUCCGCCAUCGCGACGCACGCGCGCGCCUUCGGCCUGCCCUCCACCAUCGACCUGGUCUGCACCACCUUCCGCGGCGACGAGGGCGUGAGCCGCCUGCGGGAGGAGUGCGCCGACGGGAAAGGCUUGGGGUUCAACGGCAAGCAGUGCAUCCACCCCUCGCAGGUCGAGGUCGUCCAGGGGGCGUUCGCCCCGUCCGAGGGCGAGGUGGAGUGGAGCGUCAGGGUCGUCGUGGCGGAUGAGAAGGCGAGCAAGGGGGACAGGGCAGGGGAAGCGGGCAGGGGGGCGUGGACUCUGGACGGGAAGAUGAUCGAUGCUCCGGUUGUGGGCAGGGCAAAGGCCGUUGUGGCCAGGGCGGAGAGAUGUGGGUUUGAUGUUAACGCGGUCAGAGAAACGUGGAAGGACCAGGAGCCUGAAUGA